UAUCUCAUCUUCUCCCUCACACACCUUCCCGCUCCAGGCUCUCCACGUGACCUCUCAGCUCGCGGUGAGCACCUCACAUCCCCGCGCGCGCACAGUCGCGCAGAGCCACUGCCCAGCUCCAGCCGCAUGUCUCUCCUCAGCUCCCCCACGCCGUUCGGCGCGGCCACCGCCGCCCGCCUUCGCCUCCCGCUCCCGGGCCGCCGCGCCGCGCUGCACGUGGCGCUCGCGCGCCGGACCGGCGUGUCGUCCCGCACGCAGCGGCGCCUCGAGGAGCGCGGCGGCAAGAAGCGCCGCGGCGGCGUCGAGACCCCCGACGCGGACGAGGACACCGUCCCGGCGUGGGAGGGGGUGGAGUGGGAGGGCGAGCCGCUGGGGUUCGAGGUGUCGACGGAGCCCAUGCCGUACCUGCCGGACCCGGAGACGCCCGACUUCUGGGAGGGGUCCAACUGGGAGGCCCUCGGCUUCUUCGUGCAGUACAUGUGGGCCUUCGGCGUCUUCUCCUCCUUGGUUGCUUGUGGUGUUGCCGUGGCUACAUAUAACGAUGGGGCAUCAGACUUCAGAGACACUCCUGCUUUCAAGGAAUCAACCGCCCAGGAGUUCCCCGAAGAGUCAGAAUCAUCUGGCGCCGAUGUGUUUGAAGGUAAUCCAACUGAGGUAGCACCAGCUCUUGAGUAGGACUUUCAAGGAGACAUCACAGAAAAGAAAUGAAGGCUCUCUCUCUUUGAGCUAUAGGGCUCUGCAGUAGCCAGUAAACUUGUACAACAUUCAGCGGAAACUUGGAACCAUAGUGUUAAGGAAAUUAUUUGCCAUGGUUCGGAAAAGGAAAUUAGCUGGAGAUCACUAUGUACUGAAUUAUCUCUUGAAUAAUCCUACGUCGAGAUCAGAGUAUGUAAAUGGUUAAUUAGUGGUGAUGAAAUUCAGCUGUGCUUUUAUCUUUAUUGUUAUUUUAUUUUGAUUUUGGUACUCCAAUGGUUUGCCUAGAUGUGUGUGUAAGAAGCAAACUUGUGUGAUUUGACUGCUUUCUAUCAUCUAUCUACAAAAUUUAUAUUCUGAGCUUA